AUGCUGAUCAAAGUAAGAACUCUCACAGGCAAGGAAAUCGAGCUGGAUAUUGAGCCUGACUACAAGGUAUCCCGCAUCAAGGAGCGUGUGGAGGAGAAGGUUGGCAUUCCUCCAGUACAGCAACGGUUGAUUUUUGGUGGGAAGCAGAUGGCCGAUGAUAAGGCUGCAUCAGAGUACAACCUUGAGGGAGGAGCGACACUACAUCUGGUUUUGGCCCUACGAGGAGGACAGUAG